AUGGUAAUAGUAAUAGAGAAGGGGAAAAAAGAAAACUUGAAAGAUGUAAAUAGAGAAGUUGGGACAUGUUUUUUUAACCACUUAACCUAUUUUCUGGCCACUGGUGCUGUUACAUUAGGAAUUGGUUUCUUUGCUUUAGCAUCAGCUUUGUGGUUUCUAAUUUGCAAACGAAGAGAAAUAUUUCAAAAUCCCGUAUGUAAAGAAGUCGAUGAGAGAUGGAAGCAAAGACCAUCAAAGGCAAAGUUGAAAUCUCAGUCAAAGUGUGUUUUUAUUUCUCGAAAUUUUCAUACAGGAACAUUCCAGUUACAGGAGGAGCAAAGAAAAAAUGAAACAGCACAUUCCAAAGAAACUGAUCACUCUAAAGAUGAAUUUCGUUUUGCAACAAAUAAGGUCAUUAGUGACCCUUCAGAGAUCAGCUCAGCAACCAAUCACAGCAGUGCUACCUUAAGUUUAUCAACACUAACAUCUGAUUCCUGUUACAGUGAAAGUGUAGAAGCUACUGCAGAGUGGUUUUCUGAGGAGUUGUCAUCAAAAAAGAGUUCUCCAGUGCCUUUUGAUAGAGAACCUCUAGUGGAAAAAGUAGCUUCAUACCUGUCAGCCAUUUCAUUAAGUGAAUGUAAGGAAAAUGUAACGAAUACGACACUUUAUGAUGAUCACAAAGACGAUGGCAUUAAGGAAAUAUUUUCACAAAGAAAUACAGAUGUUGAAAUACAAAACCUUCAAGAUAAUAUUGGAUGA